AUGAAGCAAGGAAGAAGCAAAGAGGAGGCCGAUGUACAUCUCACCUCGACGGUUGACUUUCUUUUCUCCUUCUUUUCUCUUCUUCUCUUCUUCUCUUCCCCUUGCGACAGGUCGUGUACUUCUUCUUCUUCUUCCUCCUCUUCUUCCCUUCUCCCUCGUCCCUUGUCUCUCCCUUUCUUCGUCCCUUUCUCUUGCGUCUCGGGGAUAUCUCGCGAUACCACCCUCCCCCGUCCGUCUCCUCCCCUCCCGUCCCGUCGCAAUCCAAUCCAUAGAGAAAGAAAGACCAUGGACGAGAAGACAGAUAUGGCUCCGGCCUAUGACAACGGCCCGCACAAGGCCGUCGACGUCAAGAACGCUGCCUACGGAGAGGCCGCUGACCUCUACGGCGAUGCUGAGGCCGCCGAGCGAUACGGCUAUGUCGCCAGAGGGCUGAAAUCCCGACACAUCCAGUUCAUCGCUCUCGGUGGAACUAUCGGUACUGGUCUCUUCCUGGGUAUCGGACGAGCGCUCACCCAGGGUGGCCCGCUCUCGCUGUUGAUCGGCUACACCUUUGUCGGUCUCGCGAUCUUCGCCAUGAUGAUGUCUCUCGGCGAGAUGGCUACCUGGCUGCCGCUGCCCGGUGCCAUCCCCCAGUUCUGCGCCAGAUACGUUGACGCCUCUGUCGGUUUCGCCGUCGGAUGGAAUGUAAGUCUCUCUCCUGCCUCUCUCAUUACUCUCAAUGCCGCCGCUGUCAUCAUCCAGUACUGGCCCGGCGCGCAGGACGUCAACGUCGCUGCAUGGAUCGGCCUGGUCAUCGCCAUCAUCGUCUUCCUCAACGUCUGGGCCGUCUCGGUCUACGGCGAGGCUGAGUUCAUCUUCGCCAGUAUCAAGAUCAUUACCAUCGUCGGCCUGCUGCUGCUCGCCCUCAUCAUCGACCUCGGCGGCAGCCCUACCGGUGACCGCAUCGGCUUCAGGUACUGGAAGAACCCCGGAGCCAUGAACCAGUACUUCGGCACGGGCGACAAGGGACGCUUCCUGGGCUUCUUCUCGACGCUCGUCAACGCUGCCUUUUCGUUCGGUGGUGUCGAGGCCGUCGCCUGCGCUGCCGGUGAGGCAGAGAACCCGCGCAAGAAUAUCCCCAAGGCCGUCAAGCGAGUCUUCUGGCGUAUCCUCUUCUUCUACGUCCUCGGUGCGCUCUUCCUGGGCAUGCUGGUGCCGUACAACGACAAGAACCUGCUCACGGCGCAGAAGAACAACGAGCCCGGUGCGGCUGCCUCCCCCUGGGUCAUUGCCAUCCGCCGUGCCUCCAUCCCCGUCCUGCCAUCCAUCAUCAACGCCGUCAUCCUCACCUCGGCCACUUCGUCUGGAAACGCCUUCUUGUAUACCGGCAGCAGAUAUCUCUAUGGUCUCGCCCAGAACCGCCAGGCGCCUCGCUUCCUCCUCCACUGCACCAAGCAGGGCGUGCCAAUCUAUGCCGUCGGCGUCACUGCGUCCAUCUCCCUCCUGACCUUCAUGGCUGCCACCACCGGCUCGGCCCAGGUCUUCAUCUGGUUCCAGAACCUGACCACCGUCGCCUCGCUCUUCAACUGGGUCAGCGUGCUGGUCGCCUACAUCCGCUUCCACGCCGCGCUCAAGGCCCAGGGCGUCGACCGCAACACCCUCCUCCUCAAGUCCCCCUUCCAGCCCUACCUCGCAUGGGUCGCCCUCAUCUUCUUCUCGAUCAUCAUCUUCUUCAACGGCUUCGACACCUUCAAGCCCUUCCGCUUCCAGUCCUUCUUCACCGCCUACAUCGGCAUCGCCCUCUACUUCGCCCUCCUCAUCUUCUGGAAGGUCUUCAAGCGCACCCGCUGGAUCCCUUCCGCCGAAGCCGACAUCUUCACCGGAAAGGCCGCCAUGGACGCCGUCGAGUGGCCAGAGCAGAUCCCCCGAAACAUCUUCGAGAAGAUAUGGUUCUGGAUUGCAUAG